AUGGCGUCCGCCUCUGCACCGACGCACGCCCAGCUCGAGGCGUCUCUCGCGUCUUAUGACUCGGCUUUGCUCUCGAAAGACCCUUCUGGCGAACUCCUGCGGCUUGACAAGUACCUGCGAACGGAUCUUCGCGACCGCAUGAAGACGAGACGAAAGGUGCACGGCGCCGCCCACCUCGAGAAGGCGGAGCUGGAGGAUAUCAUGCGAUGGAAGCUCAAGCGGGGAAAGUUUCGACCGACGCUGAUGGGCCUCAUCGCCAAGAACUCGCCCGAGGCCGUCGAGGAGCAGACGCGCCUCGUCGACUCGCUCAUCCACUGCGAUGGCACGGGCGAGAAGAAAGCCGCUCAAGACAAGGGGACAAGGAGGAAAGAGGCAAUGGCGGCUGGCUGCAAGCUCAAGGGUGUAGGACCUGCGACGUGCUCGGCGCUACUGAGCCUCUUCAGCGAGGGGGAGGAGGCAUUCAUGUCGGACGAAUCGCUCCUAUACGCGGCCGGAUUCAAGGGAUCCAUGAAGUACAACCUGAAAGAAUGGGAGUGGUUUGUGCAAAAGAUGCAAGAGCGUAAGGAGAAGGAAGGGUGGGAGAGUGUGGCAACGCUCGAAAGGGCCGCCUGGGCCUGGGCUCAUCGAGAGUCUGACGAUGGCAAUGAUGGCGAGGAGAGAAAGGAGGGAGGAGUCGGAAAGCGCAAGACGAAAGAAGCCUCGACAGACAUAGAAGCAAAAGAAGCAGCGAAUAAAGUUAAAAGAAGGAAGAAGAGCUGA